GUGUUAUCACAUCACCAUGACUGAUGGGGUGGGUUGCCCAUUUCUUAUUAGGGGAAUUCCCUGAUCUCGAGCAUAUAGUCACAUCACGUGACCCGCGCUCUGCAUGCUAUAUACGGAAGAGAGAACGAACGGAAAGGGUAUUUCUAUGAAUGAUUGCAAUUUUAUAUUUAACGUUUGGACUACCCGGAAAACUGCCGUCCUUCUCGAAAUAUUCAGUUAAAAUGAAGGCGAUUUGGGUCGCAUUUUUGGCCGGUUUUGCUAUUCUUGGACCUGUACUCUCGCUCCAGGAAGACUGUUUGAACGCAGAAGAUCACUUUCAGAUCACAGCGGAUGAGUUCACGCUCUACAACGUGACGACGACGUUACCAAACUUGACGUGCCUCAAUCUCACCCUCCCUCACUUCCCGAACAUCACCUACACCUCGGUGUUGAUACAGUACCACGUAUGGAACUCCAACGUGACCGGGUCCCUCUACGCCUAUCCGCGACCUGUGUAUGCACUGAUGGGUGACCAUCUGGGAUUGGUUUGGCCAACAAGUCAUAUGGGGACCAUGCAGAGUUACGUGAGCCUGACCAACGACAACGAGACUGCGACCGAAGCCCUGAUUUUAUAUUCACCACUCAACAGCUCGGUGCCUGUCCCUGGUGGGUGUAACAUGGAGGCUAACCUUGAGAUCAAUCCAAACCUCAAGAUUGCGUAUCAAGUGGAGAACGUUCUCAUCAACGUCACUUUCUCCAUGGCGAAUGUCGGUUACGUCAAAGACCCUCCUAACUGCGCGGGUUCCAAUCCAAAAAAGAGCGUGCUCCGCUAUGACUUUUAUAUCCUGUUCAUCGAUUGGAACAAGUAUUCAAAGAACUCUCUUUUCAGUGACUUGAAGAAGAUGAUGACUGUUGAAGGCAUUCUGAAACAUGGUAGAAAGAUCCAUACUUUUGGCAAAAAUGACAAGCUGGAGUUGAGUUUGGCGAUGUUCAACGGACGGGGCGUUAUCCUGAAUGCGAUAGCGAGAGAUUCAACGACCAACAAGAUGGCACCCUACUCCCCGGCGGUCACCUACGCCUGCGGGAAUAACCAUGGGAGCCUGUGCUCUGGAAGGGUUCAACCUCUAUACGGAGUAGUGUUUGCUGUAGCAAUGAUUAUUGGAGGGGUAAUCUGCUUCUCAGGACAUCACUUCUUUCAUGCAGAGAUUGUAUUCUUUGGAUAUCUUCCGUUCUGUCUCUUCUCGAUCAUGAUUCUGUCUGCAAACACCGCCCUCACUCAAGAUGUAAUCUUAUUGAUUUCUCUGACCAUGGGUAUCCCUGGUGGGUGUAUGUGGUUGGCCUUGUGGUGGCGCUUCGGCUACGUCCUUCCCAUCAUGAUGUGGGUGUCGUUGAACCUCGGCUUCCUCUUCUCUGCUAUCAUCUUUUUCACUCCGUUCGGAAAUUUGAUUGUUUGGUACCAAUCAGUAGCCUAUGGUAUGGCAUACAUGUGUGGUGUUAUGAUCAUUCCAGUAAUCCUCAUCGCAUUCUCAAAGUUUCUGAGCAUGCUUGCGUGUGCAGUGUGGGGGAGCUAUCUUGUCGUAGCCGGCAUUAGCUACUAUGGAGGCGGCGUUCUUCAUUAUAUUGUACUCAACAUCGUCCAUAGAUCAUACAUACCAGGGUACAGUGAAGCCCAUGUCAUUGUACCGAUGAACCCUUUAGAUUACUUCCUGAUAGGAUUGUGGUUUGUCCUGAUCGUAGCCGGUGUUCUUGUUCAGCGUCGGCUCACCAGAGGGCGACGUGACUUCCCGCUCUGUCGCUACAAGGAGAACCUGCUGAAGCGUAACCACGAGAAGGCGAUGAGGAAUCGUAACCGCUACGAGGAUCGAGAGCGCCAAGGCCAGCAACGCGUGUUGGAGGAUCCAGCGGGAAACGUGAACGCGGGCGACGUGGACUUUGACGACAGGAAUCCACUCAUUGUAGAUUAGUAAAAGAGAUUGCUAUUGAGAUAGUUUUAUAUUACUUGGUGUACAAGCAGAUCGCAUGGGCCAAGCCUAUUUGGUCUACUAUCAUUUUAUUGUAGAUUAGUGAAAGACCUUGUAAUGGGAAUUUGGUUGAUAUUGUCUUGGUCUAGACUACUUCUCAGUCUUAUAUCUCAUGGGAUAAAUCCAUUUGGUCUACUAUCAAUAGUGCAAGAUCUUGCUCUGUGAGAUUGGUCUAAAUUCCCUUGGUCUAUGAGCAGUUGGUCUACUUUCCUGGUAGUCUAAUACCACACCCCCCCCCCAAAAAAAAAAAGAGGGAGAAAUUUGCAGACCAAAAUAUGCAUUUUUAAUUUAUCGCUAAAACACUCUAUAUAGAUGAUAACCGAUAUGGGUAUAGCCUAACUGGAAGUUAGGCGUAUAGGUAACUGGGCUGAAUGGAACUAAACCAAAUGAUGAUUAGACAAAUAGGGUUAGACCAUGUGGGAUGAGACCAAAUGGAAAAUAGACAAAGCGGAUGUAGACCAUUCAGCAAUUUACAAUCAGAUUUACAUUUUCUGGGGGGUGUUUCACAAAGAUUUAAGCGUGACUUAGAGUCGCACUUACAUGUCUAGUUGCGUGCAUUAUAAAAGUCAAGACCGCAUUGGUCAGAUCAUGCCAAGAUCGAGGCAUGAUCUGAUCUGAUCUAUUAAUCAAUAAGAUUGCACGUUGCAUAUCAUGUAUGUGUCGGCAUCUAGGUGCAACUCUUAAGUUAUACUUAAAGCUCUGUGAAGCACCCUCUGGAAUAACGUCUGAAAGUAUUGGCUCAUUUUCCUCAUUUCGAGGUAAAACUAUCUACAUUUUAUAUGUAAUUCUUUAUACAUUCCUUCCAUUAAUAAUCAUUUAUCAUCAUAGAUGUUCUGAAAACUUAGGAUAUGUCUCUGAAGUAUGUCCAAGAAAUCAUAAAGAAAUUGAGAUUCCCAUUUUUUUCCAAAAUGAGCCAGUGGUUUUUUCUGUAUUUGCUUUACAGCAUAAUAAAACUCUGUUUUUCUUUGUUUUAUAUAUUGAUACCUACUUGGAUAAUUAAUUUAUUUUCAUUUAUGUGGUUUGGAGUAAUAGUUCAUGGAUAUUCAUAUGAUUUGGACUAUAAUUGCAUGGAUACUACUAAAUCUUCUUUGAAAUAUUUUUUUUAAUAUUCAUGUUACUUGGGUUAGUAUUUUUCAUGAAUAUUCAUGAUUUUUUUUUAACCAUUGGUUCACAAAUAUUCAUGAUUUUGACCGAUAGUUUUGAAUAUUCCAUUUGAUCUGGACUAAAAUUGCAUGAAUACUACUUAAUCUACUUUGGAAUAAUUUUUUAAUAUUCAUGUUACUUGGAUUAACAUUUUUCAUGAAUAUUCAUGAUUUUUUUACCAUUGGUUCAUGAAUAUUCAUGCAAUUUGGAGUAGUAUUGAAUUAAUAAUUUAUUUCUAUUUGGACAACUCAUGAAUAUUCAUCUGAUUUUGACUAAUAUUCCAUGAAUUUUUAAAUGUGAUUAGAACUGAUAGUUCAUGAAUAUGCAUGGAUUCUGACUAAUAUGACAUGAAUAUUCAUUUGAUUAGCCCCCAAGUAAACUAUCUUCUGACUUGGCUUCCUUGUUUAAGAAUACAAAAUAAAUGAAUGAAUGAACUCUUCAUCUUCCUAUUUUAUCUCAUGAAUGCAACCUGCAUCUCACAAAAAAAAUUGUCAAUGGAAAAAAAAUCAUUAUUAAUCCACCUUGAUAUUGUAAACAAUGGUUCAUUAUGAUAUUUAGAAUGAAAAUGAAAUUAGGUACAAUGUACGUACGCACUGUGAUUUGUUAAGUUUACAUCAUGCAAAUAUUUUUUUGGGUUGUUGAUUAUGGUGUGCACUAUAAACAAAAACUCUGAUAUUAGUAUAUAUUAUGAAAUGAAGUAUUGGUUAUUAUAAUGCAACAAUUCUGGUAGGCCCAGCUCACUCUUUUAGUCCAUUCAGGGUGAUGGAUUAUACGAUGCCUUAUUUGAUCAAUGUUUACUCUUCAAAUUGGCCACAUUAAUAUCUAAGUUCUGUAUUUGCUUUGGGAAAACCGUGAUUUGGGAUCUAUGAUGCAUUGCCAAUUAAAGGAUAUAGUGAUUUCUUGAAUUCAAACAUUUCUCAGAAUUAAAUGGAAUAUACUUGUGUAGGGAAAAUAUGUGCACAGUACUCGUAGAUUUUUAUAGUAAUUUUUCUUCAUGCAAUUUAAAUGAUCUUUGUUGCUCUGCAAUGAUAGCUCAAUAUGGGCCUGUUACAUAUUGUAAUGAGAAAUUUGCAAUAACAGUUUUAAGCUACUGAAAUCCUACGAUCUGAUUGGUUGAUUGUACAUUUGUUAUUGAAAUUGUGUAUUUCUUACGAAACGAUACUGAAAAGUUCUUGUUCCAAACCACGGAAUAUCAUGUUACCAUGGUAAGAUACGCAAUUUUAUUCAUGAGUCCACUGUUUGAAGAGUGGACUCAUGAAUAAAAUAGCGUGGAUAACUACGGCAAGAGGCGUCAAUUUGGCGAACUGUGACAAAAGCGCGCAUCAGCAUUGGACAUUUUUUUAAACAUGCGCCCGAUACGCGAUAAAUUAAGCGUAAUUUAUACAGGAAAUCUGCAUAAACCAUGGAUUCAACCGUGGGUUUUGAAAACCACCUUUGUGAAUUCGGGCCAAUUUGUUUUGCAAAAUCAGUCAGUCCCCAAAGGCUUAGAACAUGAAAAUAGUGUAAGAUUAUAAGAUUCCAUGUGUAUUAUGCUCUUCUGUGUACCGCAAAUCUGUAUUUCAUUGUUGUGUAUUACUAAAGGCCAUCGCGCACCUUACGAUUGGUCUGCGACCCGAUUUUGGAAGAAAACGUAGUAGAAUUUGAUUCUAAUAUUUAAAGGCAUGGAAUAUCGUACUGUGUAAUGUUCUAAAUCAUAUGAAUACUAAUACGCGAAUCCGUGACUAUGCUAUUAUCCUUAUCAGAAUGAAAGCGAAUUUGAUAUCUAGUCGUAAUGACGUCAUACCUGUAGCAAUCGUAGGAAUGGCUACGAUUUGAAACUUUAUUGGUCUCUACUAAAAAAAGUCUUGACGUAAGGUGUGCGGCGGCAUUAAUACACAUACAUGUAGUGUGCUAACACUUAAUUUUUUUCUAAUAUUUCAAGUAAGAGUUGACAGAUGACAAAUACGCAUUUUGAAAAAUGUGAAAAAUGCCAAGUACAUGAAAAAGUUUAUCACAAUUUUAUUAAUGAUGCUGUUCACACAAUGCAUAUGUGCACUUGCAGAUUGUAACUGAAAAUUAAGUCUUUGAGAAAUAAUUUGUGUUCAUUUUUAUAGAAAAUGUGCCUUAAAUUGAUUAUCGCGAUUGUAUUGGACUAUGUAUGUAUCAUCAGGUUCAUGCAAUACGCUAUAUUUCUUUUUGUACAUUGUAUUUUAAAUGCAUACAAGUACUUUACAUGUCUCUAUUUAAUACAUACAUUUUCAUGGUAUUUUGAGGCUAUUGAUACUGUAGAUGAAGCUAUUCUAUGAAAAUCAAUGAUCAUGUGAAUUCAUUUGGAUAUUUUAGUGAAUUGAACAUUGGAGUGUUAUUGUUGAAGGCAAAUCCACAUCAUCAACUACAUGUACAUGUACAUGUAGUUAAUUUGAAUUUAUGAUAAAAAGUAAAACGGGCCCGCUAAUGUCUCGUAAUAUGUAAAAGGAAAGUUCACCCUGACAAAAAGUUUAUUGUAAAAAUAGCACAAAAAAUAAUUCCAAAAUAUUGGCGAAGGUUUGAGGAAAAUCCAUCAAAAAAUAAAAAAGUUAUUUCGAUUUUAAUUAUUUGAUUUGUGAAGUCACAUGCGAGCAGCUUUCCUACAUAUCGUAUGGUAAAAAAUCGAUGAAAUAUUUUUUCAGAAAAUUGAAAAUGUUUUUUAUUGUAUGGUAGGGGCCCUAAAGCUACGCGGGUCCUAAAGCUAAGCACCACUCCAACGCGCAUGCAAUUUCAAUUGCAAAAUGCGCACUCUGUGUGUGGAGCUAGUGACUGCAGUGUGACGAACGAUUCCUAUUCAAAUUUGUCUACAGAGGCUGCAAUAAAUCGCUAAAUACAGAGAAAACCAGCAACUGUUUGGAAUUUUGAAGUUAUAUUCACUUUGAUUUCAUAUUUUCCUAUAAGAAUAGGAACAUUAUUUAGAAGUUUAGAUACAGGAAAUACUUUUUCUUUGCAUGAUAAAUUGAGUGCGUAGCUUUAGGACCCCGAUCUAUAUCAGGUGGCGAAAUCAAGAGGUGUUCGGAAACAUGGCGGGAUUUUCGUAUUAGUGAGUUUUGUGACAUUUUCUUUUUGGUUAUGAAUCUUUACAAUAUUUAACACAAAUUUGUGAAAGAUGAUUUGUUAGAAUAUUAAAAUUGGCUUAGUUUUUAUCUUUUGUAAACAAAGUGCGUAGCUUUAGGUCCCCCCAUCAUACUGUACCUUCUGUAUAACAAUACACAAAUGAUUUCACACCCGCUCCUAAAAAAAAAUGAGAAUAAGUCACCACGAAUCAUUAAAAAAUUUAAUUUAUGCAUCGUAUAUUGUAUAAUAUAUGGGGCAGCUUCUCGUUUUUUUAUGCCAAAUCUAAAAAAACUUUAAAUUCUAAAAAAAUUCUUAAUAUUAAAUGAAUUUUCUUCAAACCUUCACCAACAAUUUUUAUUUUUUCUUCCAUUCUUACAACAAAGUUUUCGUCAGGGUAAACUUCCCCUUUGAAAUGCAUGCCAUCAUGGCAAUCAAUGUGAUUUAUUAGUGUAGAAUCCAAUGUGUAUUAAAUCAAAGAUACUACAAGGGGAAGAUCGGACAGUACAUAGAGCGCGCAAUGAAACGCUCGGGAAGAGCGCCCUACAGCAUCGAGUAUUAAAGUAACGACCUUUUUUUACCUUUGCUUUUCGCGAUAUGGUUGUGUACAAAACAUAAGAGAGAAAUGGUGAAGGGGUAAAGGAAUCGAAGAUUUGUACAUUUUCGAAUUUUUUUAUUCAAAUUUGUUUUUCUUAAAUCAAAGAUGAAUAUAUAUAUAUUCUGGGUAAUAAAAGGUGGAAUUAUUUCCAUGCGCCCCCCUUGUGCCCUCUCCCAAAUCCCCUCUCUCAUUUUACCCCAUAAGUUUAAUACACAGCAGCGUGCCGAUGUGCGAUGGUUUACUUACUCAACGCUAGUGGGUGCCCAUCCCCAUGAGGAUUAAUCGAGCGUUUCAAAAAUCGCCGAAGUGUCCGAACUUCCCCUCGUAGUAUCUGUGAUUAUAUCAAGCUGCGUUUUUAAUUUUUGUGUUACUAACACCCAUGUGUCAGUGCAAAUGGACAUACAUCGGUUACCUGUGGAGAUCUGUUUCAAAGUCGGUUUGAUCGUUUAAUUUUUUUUGUAGGUUUAUCAUUUUUAUUUUGUGAAUUUGUAAAGUGCAAUAGUUGGUUAGAACGUAAACUUCUUUGUUGGCGUUUAAAGUGCAUUGAGAUUGCUUGGCAUUACAUUUAGUUUUAUUUUUUGUUUGUUUCAGGCCUCGAACAGUCUUGAAGCCAUAUUGUUUUUUGAUAAUUACAGUGUAGGGCCUGUAUUUCUGAAAUGACUUGUGCAUGAACGUUAUAUUCUAAUUAAGGAUCAGAUUGAUUUGAGAUUUAGUACACUGUACGUUUCAUGCAUUUGUUAAACUUUGUAUAAAGACGCACUCAGCUCGCUUCAAAACGUAAAUGCAUUGGCCCAUAUUUUGAAGUCCGGUUUCACUUAGACCAUGGUCUAACUCUGUUGUUAAACUUUGUAUAAAGAUGCAUUCAGAUCGCUUAAAAAAGUAAAGGCGUUAUGAACUGUAAAUGUCUCCUAGGCAGUACACUAAAUGUAUGCACAAUUCUUUCCAUGGCAUUUUAAUUCAUUUCUACAAACUACUUUUAUCUGAAGGUGCUUCCAAACUCGUGUAUUGUGAUUGUAAUCAUGUAUCAAGUACUGUACUGAUAAGCCCAGCGCACAUUAUGCUACGCGAUUGCAACAAGAUCAGAUCGCAACAAAUCACAGAGUGUGCGCCAAACAGACGGGCUGCAACUGCGACCCGCUUUGUUGCAGUAGGAUCGCAGACCAGAUCUCGGACAUUUGACAUAAAUCUUUUUGCAAUGUUUCUGCAAAUUUGCUUAUGUCUUCAUGACAUGCAGCGUGCUGCAGAGCUGUUGCAAUAUGUGUGCUGGCCUGCGAUGCGAUGGCACUGCGAUUGGCAACUUUAAUCCAAUCAAAUCCUGGUGCAAUUGCAUCACGUUGUGUACGCUGGGCUGGCCCAUCUCACACUAUGCGAUCCGGUGCGACGCGAUUUUUGAAGAAAUCGCAUUUUGCAUUAAAUAUGAAAGUUCCAAGAAGCAAAAUAUUUUUUUUAAGUUUGGCAUAUUAGGAAAACUAAAAUCAUACAUUUGCUUUGCGGCAAGCACUAUGGUCGGAGUUAAGUCCAAAUUGGCUUCAAAUCGCAGCCGAUGAUGACGCCAUUACGAUUUGGAAUUUAAGUUGUUUUUAUUCAUUCAGGCAGCUCUAACUGGACUGAAUUUUGAUUUUAGUACUCCUACCACUAUUCUUAACUCUGAUCCGAAAUAUUUGAUUAGUUGGAAUAUCCAUAUCAAAUAUCACAAUUAUUUUGAAAUUCGGAUCGCAACGAAUCGCAUAGUGUGAGACAGGCUUUAGAUAGUAAGACAAUAUUUUUCAAUUAUCAUGCUACAUGUAUCACUCAAUUCAAUUAACAAAUUUUGCCCCUUUCACUCUUAUGACACAAUCCAUCUCAUUUUAUUUAUUGUGAUAUGAAAUAAAAUAACAGGCCUCACCAGAAGUGAGAAUUUUUUUUCUAGAAAGAUAUACAUGUAUUUACCAUCAUAUAUAUUUUGAUACACGCAAAAAAUAAAA